UUAUGGAGAAGAAACCUCGUGCCCAAUUGGAAUCUACUGCUCCAAGCUGAAGAACCAUGGGGCAUCGUCAAAUGAUUCAACAAAAACGACGAUGUCGAAAUUUCUCGCCGUUUUGGCAUCACAAACGGUUUUCAGCCAAAGUCAAGAAACCAACCGACAUGAGACUGUUACUUUCCAUUGCAUUUUAUGUAUCUGGUUUUCUAAAUUCUCACUUCAUUGCUGAUGGAUCGAUUGGUAGAGAAAUUGUGACCGCAAAUAUACAUGUUCCUCAAUUCCUGCAUCAACUGCCAUCGAACUUAAUGUUCAGUAACGAUACAGGUAGCUCUCAACUGUCUUGCUCAACAUACGGUUCAUCGCAGGUGGAAAUAGCGUGGAUUUUGAGAGACGGAUCUAUUGCAACCAGUAUUCAAGGCCUAAGGCAAAGUUUUCCUAACGGUACAUUGUACUUCCCGCCAUUCUCCGGUCAUCUGUUUCGCACUGAAGUACAUGAUACGACUUACCGCUGUAGAGUUUCUUAUCACCAUUACGUUUUGCUUAGCAAAAACGUAAAAGUGCGUGCAAUUGUUCGUCAAACAUACGAAAUUAUUAUAGAAAAGACUGAUGUAAUUCUUGGUAGCACUGCGUUCCUUCAAUGCAACAUUUCGCCUCAUGCUCGAGAAUUCGUUCAUGUAUCUGCAUGGUAUCGUGACAAAGAGAUGCUAAUUCCGGAUCGAUCCGAUUUAGGCAUGCGUUAUAUUGUAACGUCCCCGAGUGGCGACUUAUGUAUACGGAAUGUUAACAUCGAUGAUAGACAGAAGCAGUUCUCCUGCGUUUCAACUGAUGUACUGACUGGUGAAAGGAAAAUAAGCACUUCCGUAUUUCUAUCGAUAAAAGAUUACAUUCCUGAUUCUGCUCCUAUAACAAGUCAGCGAUCGGUAACCGAAAUAACAUCAGACGUGGGCCAAACUAUACAACUGCCAUGUAACGUACAAGGCAACCCUCAACCAAUAUUCACAUGGUUUCGGAUAUCAGAUUCUGGCUCACUAUAUACAGUGCCAUCAUCUCAACGAAUUAUACCGUCACAAUCAUUACUGCUCAUACGGAAAGCUGACAACAUGGAUGCAGGACGAUGGAUAUGCAAGGCAUCUAACCAGUUUGGAGAACAGAAGCUUCAAAUUCGCCUGACAAUCAACUCGGAACUAUCAGCGCACAUCAAUCCACAGAUACAGGUGAUCAAUACUGGCAGCACAGCAAAAUUUAAUUGCACUAUCGUUGGUUCGGAAAUUGGGAAAAUUGAGUGGUUUCAUAACGGACGUGCUUUAGCCACCCCCGACCGCAUGGGAAAUGAUUUCAAAAGAGUCAGUAUAACGUCCGGUACCAUCCUCACAAUAGAUAAGAUAAACAAAGAGGAUCGAGGUGUUUACCAGUGUAUAGUGUCGAAUGCGCAUAGUAGUACGGAAGCUAGUGCAGAACUCAAAAUUGGAGAAACACCUCCUGAAAUUACGCAUAGCUUUGCCGAGCAGAUCGUGCAUCCUUCGGCUUUCGUGUCUCUCAAAUGUAUGGCAUCAGGUUCACCGCAUCCACAAUUCUCAUGGAUGCUGGACUAUCAACCAAUUGUUUCAUCUGUGCAUCGUUAUACAUUUGACCAAUUUAUCGAUGGGAACGGCCAUGUGAUAACUCAUUUGAAUAUCACUCAUGUGAAUGUGGAUGAUGGUGGACUCUACACGUGUAUAGCAUCAAAUCCUAUGGGAAGCACAUUUCAGAAGGCUCGUCUGAAUGUCUACGGACCGCCGUAUGUCAGAGCUAUUGGUACUGUUAAAGCAAUAUCUGGAGAGAGUAAGGAAAUUUACUGCCCAUUUUCUGGUUAUCCAAUUGAGCACAUAAGAUGGAUGCGCAAUGGUUUAAAUAUUUCUUCAAGUAAUAACGAAAAAACAUUAACUGAGAUGCCGAAUAUAAUUUUGUUUAAAGAUUCUAGGUUUGUGGUAGCAGAUAUUAAUCAUGGAGGAACAUUGCUAAUUCAUCAAGUUGACCCACUUCAAGACAAAGGAGCUUUCACAUGUAUCGUUUCUAGUCCUAAUGGUGAUGAAGCACGUCGAGAAAUACAACUUUUGGUGAACAGCCCACCUGUAAUUGAACCGUUUUCGUUUCCAAAACAUAUCAAGGUUGGCGGAAGAGCUCAGUUAACCUGUUCAGUAUCAUCCGGUGAUAUUCCUAUUUACUUUAGCUGGAAAAAAGAUGGAAUGCUGAUUUCACCCGGAUUACAAGUAACGGAGAUCAAGGAUGAGUUUUUCACCCUUUUGAUAUUGAAGGAAAUUUCUGCGAAACAUAGCGGAAAAUACACAUGCUUUGCUCUAAAUGCUGCAGCACAAGUGAAUUAUACUGCCGAACUUCUUGUCCAAGUCCCACCGACUUGGAAACGGGAACCAAAUGACCUUUCUGUAGUCUUAGGUAACACGAUAUCAGUACCUUGUGAGGCAGAAGGAUUCCCACAGCCUCGCAUAACAUGGUUAAAAGGUCAAGGCAAGACAUCUGAACAGUUUCAUUCCAUACCAUCGAAGAACAAUUCCCUCAGUGUGAACUACGCAACACCAACAGAUGCAGGAUACUACAUGUGCGAGGCAUCUAAUGGAGUUGGCACUGAUCUUUCAAAAAUCAUUCAUCUAGAUGUGAAUGUUGCAGCUCAUUUCGACGUACCUGCUAAAAAUAUGUCUUCAAGACGAGGCGAUACAAUUACACUGGAAUGCUUGGCCUUAGGAGACGACCCUAUUGAAACUGUUUGGUCCCACAUGGACUCCCGGAUAGAUUUCAACACUUACAGAUAUAGCAUUGUUCAAAUGAAAGUUGAAAAUGGCGUUCGAUCUCAGCUAUCGAUAAGCCACACGGAACGAUAUGACUCAGGGAAAUAUGUAUGCGCAGCGGAUAAUUCAUAUGGUUCAAGUGAGCAUGUUAUCCACCUUGCCGUACAGGAACGGCCCGAUGCUCCAUCAGAUUUAGAAGUAUUGGAAGUGGGCAGUAGGCGGGUAAGACUAUCUUGGAAACGUCCAUACGAUGGAAUGUCGCCAGUGCUCAGCUAUCUAGUUCAGUAUCAACCCUUACGAAAUGUUAAAGAUUAUUCGGGAUCUAAGCUAGAUACAACGUGGGAAAAUCCAUCGGUCGUUAACAUAACACUGUCCAAAAUAAAUGAGGUCCACAACUUAGAUAGUAGCACACGAGAUGAGGCAUAUGUUAUAGGCCUUCAUCCGGCUACCCAGUACCUGAUGAGAAUGCUUGCGAUUAAUGAAAUUGAAAGUUCUUCGUACACGAAUCCCAUAGUUGUAAAAACACACGAAGAAGCGCCAGCUGAGCCUCCCAGUAAUUUGAAAAUAAAGCCUGGAAGAAGGGGUGAGCUAGUUGUGACAUGGCAUGUUCCUAACAGAAAUUCGUGGAACGGCGAACUAUUAGGCUAUACAAUAAGCUGUGUCGAGGAAAAGCAAAAUAUUAACUAUAUAGAAAACACCAAUGGAACAAAUUUAACAUUUACUGCAAAUGGUUGGGCAACAACGAAAAUGUCAAUAGCAGAUUUGAAGAAGUUCACAAGAUACGCUGUUAAGAUACGGACUUUCAAUAGUAUGUCGUCUGGACCUUGGAGUCCAAUAACUUAUGGCACUACACUAGAAGACAUCCCCGAAGCACCUCCUCAGAACGUCACAUGCAAAAGUCUAUCAUCCCAGAGUAUCAAAAUAUUCUGGCAAGAGCCUCCUCUUCAAUAUCACAACGGAGUACUACGAGGUUAUAAAGUAUUGUUCCGGCCACUAACUAGCAACAAUGAGUUUAUACUUCCAUACGAUAUCAAGCGGACAUCCAAUUUGGAAACUUAUCUACAAGCUCUUUUUAAAGCAACAAACUAUUCAAUACAAGUGCUAAGUUUUACUUUAUCAGGAGAUGGAAUGGCUAGCACUCCAAUUUAUUGCGCAACGGAAGAAGACGUACCCGACCCACCUGCUGGUGUUAAGGCCCUUACAUUGACAGCAGAUUCUAUUUUGGUAUCUUGGAUGAAACCGUAUCAUACUAACGGAAUCAUUUCUCACUAUACAAUUUUCUAUAAAGAGAAUGGAAAAAUUGGUCCUGCUAAAAGUUACUUUGUGCGUAUUGAUGAAAAAAGUCCAUUACUACAAGAGGUGCGAGGAUUGAUAGAGAAUCGAAAGUACGACUUUUGGGUAACGGCAUCGACAUCAAAAGGAGAAGGUGAAGCAACUAACGUUAUUUCACAAACCACAAGUACUCGAGCCCCGGCAAAAAUAGCGUCGUUUUCACAAACAAUCAAAGCUGCAGUGAGAUCCACUAUUUCUUUAGAGUGCAAUGCCGUUGGAAAUCCCACACCAAGAACACGUUGGAUCACAAAUGAUCAACCAGUAACGUUUAGCCCGUAUUAUGCUAUUUCCCAAGGGUUUUUGAAGAUACAUAGCGUUGAGCCUAAUCUGUCUGGAAAUUAUACGUGCUCGGCAAAAAAUCUGUUUGGUGAGGACGAGAUAUCAUAUACGCUAAUAGUAUUGCAAACGCCGAACAUAACGCUACUUUCCAAACAAUAUGCUUCUCAUGAUAGCAUUAGUAUAAUAUGGGAAACCGGAAAUGACAGUGGGGCACCAAUACAAGGCUAUAAUCUGUUCUAUCGACCAGCGUCUGGUAAUUGGAUUAGCAUACCAAUCUCAUCCGAUCAAAACACACAUGUAGUCAAUAACCUGAAAUGUGGGUUUCAGUAUAUUUUUAAAAUUAAUGCCCAUAAUAAAGUUGGAGUCGGACCUUCAACAGAUGAACUUAUAGUUUGGACCAAAGGCAAAGCACCACAAAUACCGGAAGAAGGAGAUCUUAUAUCUACAAAUUCAACCUGUCUUAAUUUGAAGCUUAGUGCUUGGUACAACGGGGGCUGCCCAAUCUCCCAUUUUUCGAUCGAAUAUAGGCGUCUACACACACCCUUUUGGACUACAGUAUCUUCGGAUAUUUCUGGAGUAGAACGAGGGAACGAGAAUAUUUCCUUUUGUGAUUUCGCGCCUGGCACAUGGUACGAGCUCAAGAUUACAUCCAAUAAUGAUGCAGGAGAAACAACUGCCCAGUACAAUUUUGCAACCACUACCUUGACUGGCGUAAGGAUACCACCGCCUGAGUAUCCGACAGUCGAAAUUGCAAGUGAAGAAAACGCAUCUCAUGGAAAUGAUGACGUCCAAUGGAUCCAAACGUGUGUUGCUAUUAUUACCUUGGGUUCUGUGGCAGUCGCUGGGUUCCUCCUAAUUCGUUAUAAAAGAAUUUAUUGCUUUGCUAAUGCGAGAAGUAGUAUUAGUGAAUUAUCCAAUAAUACAAAUCCAAAGGAAGAAGCUGAAUACGUACGAAAUCAGCCGGUUUAUAGUUCAUCUCCAGUUAAAAUUAUUGAUAAAGAAGACAGUUCUGAAAUGUAUGAAAUAUCACCAUACGCCACCUUCAAUGACAACAACGAACGGAUAUUGAAAACAAGGUCCCGUGAUCGAACGCCAUCGUCUUUGGAUUAUUCACUGCACUUUAGAACAUUCGGACACCCUGAAAAUGAACUUAACGCAACAGCUUAUCCACUACUAGAGUCUACUAAUUUUGGCAAUGUCAAAGAAAAAACAAGUUGGCAUAAAAAGACUUAUAGCACAGGAGACUCUUCAAUAAAUAUGCCAAGCAGUUCUGGGUAUAAACAUUCUAGAUACGAUGACAAAUACAACUUUAGAAGCGGAAGCAAAACCCCAGCACCGAGUAAUAUUUCGGAGUCAGAUAGCAAUAGCCCUGUCAAUGAAUUUUCUAGAGCGCCUACAUUCAGAAUGCCAGAAAAAUCACCACGUUUCCAAAACAAUUUAUGAGAAUAAAUAGAGAUUUCAAACAAAAAAUUAAAUUACAACUUUUUGGAAAGAAACGAC